AAUCCUUACGAGCAGGCCUCAGGUAAAGCUCAAUACUUGUUAUCACUUCCUCCACCAAAAUGCAGCAAGCUCCAAAGGAGCAAGUUUCCAGCGAACAAAUGGUCACCAGCCGGUUUUACCCAAAUACUUCAGGAAUAUUCAAUAAUCUCCAUGAUAGCACCAAGGCCUUCCCUCAACGCCCAAGAUCACCAAAUCGUAAUAAACCCCAACCUCAUUAUGCAAAAUAUAUUAGAAGUAAUACAAGAUUUAUUAAUGAGCCAUUUGCAUAUAUGGAAGCUGAAGAUACACUGCCAGAGCAGUUUCAUUGGAUGAAACAUGAAUCACCAUUUUUGACACAGCACAUACCAGCUUACAGCUUGGAAAGCACCCAGAGGCAUGAUUACCAGAAAAUAACCUCUGACUCUCAUGCGCAAACAAGACAUGGAUGUAACCCAAACAAAUAUCCUUGUUCAGGCAUAGUUCCACAGGUGGAUCCCAGAGAGUUACUAACUCCUCCAACGAAUUAUCGGGAAUACAUAUCUUUCAUUCACCAAUAUGAUGCAAGGAAGUGUCCAAAUGAACCCAUCAGAGGCAAGCGUCAUGGAGCCUUUGUGUGCACACAGAUAAACUCACAGAGUGGAAAGAUAGCUCCCAGAGGAGAAAAGGCAUUCCUGGUUACUGAAGGGUCACAUUCACUGGAACAGUUAAAAGAAGAAAAGGGAAAUAUGGGGGAAGACAUAUUGGCCUCACCCAAGCCCAGCUCAGUGAAUUUUCAACAGAUGCUGUGUUCUGGAACUUGCUUAUCAAAACCAGACCCUGAGGAAGCAGCCAAGGCAUAUCCCAGAAUUCCUAAUGAAGGACAAAACAGCUUAUGGUCACAGACAAAUGAAGUACACGGUGGACUCAGUGAACAACAGCAAGUUGCUCUGGAUCUUACAUCAGCAAUAAAAUAGAAAUGUAGCCAUGUUAGUACAGCUGUUAGCACACCAUAAUGUCUAUCACUUCCAAGGGAGCUUUGUGUCUCAAACUAAUCAUUAACAUGUUACAAUCAGCAACAACAACAUUAAACAAAAACUGGCAGCAGUCAACACUUUAAAAAGUACAUAGCUUUUUAAAAAUAGCAUAGUUAUUCAAUAGUUUAAUCUUCUUAAUCAUCAUCAUUGUACAAAACAGUUUCCUGCACAAUAUAUGUAUGACCUGUUUAAUUUUGCUUUAACUUUACUGUUGGAGUACCAUGUUACUGUGUGGCAAUAUGAGUUUGCUACUGUGGCUAUUUAUGCAUUGUUGCCAGCUACAGCUUUGCUUAUGGCCCUGUGCUCCAUAGUGUAGAAACUGCAUUUUAUCAGCAGUACAAAGCAGUCAAAAAUACUGGCUUAAAUUUAAAUUAAAUUUUUUCAUUAUUCUUGCAUACACUGUCAAUGCUGCAAUAUUCUUUCUUGACUAGCAACAGACCAGCCAUAGAGGAUAUCUGUUAACUCUGACUUAUGCAUUACAUCCUUAUGUGAUAAUGUAAAAAGUUACAAUCACAAAUGUGAAGUCGCAUUGGAAGGUUAAGAUAUUAAAGGCAGGAAUUAAUUAAUUAUUUUUAACAUUAGAUACUCUAAUUCCACAUGUUGUACAUCAGCAGCGUACAGUUAAAUAAUGCAGAGUUCCUUUUGUGGCUAGAAUUGCAUACACUUUUUCUUAAACUAUCAACUUCGAUUUAAACACACCUUUUUGAAAUUAGCAUAUGAGGCUCUCACACAUUUCCUUAAAUGUUGAGUCCAAUGAAGUCAUUUGUGAUCCAAAUAUUAAAUGUUUUGGGUUGAGUUAUGGAGCUCACCAAUAUCAGUUUGUAAAUUUGAAAUCAGUUUUUGGAAAAUAAAGUAAAUAUGGAAUUAAAUGUUUCUAUUCACAA